AUGUUAUCCGCAUCUGAACCAAUAAUCAAAAGAUCUUUAAUUGAUGGUGAAGAAGAAGAAAAAAUAAUUUCAGUUGAAUUUACCGUACCAGAAUAUAAUCGUGAUGGAACAUUUAAAUUAGCAAAAUAUUCUUAUCAAGCAGAAGAAGAUUUCGAUAAUCCCAAAAUUGAUAAAGGUUGGAAAAUCUUUAGAAAUGAUGAAAAGAUGUUAAGUGUAGAAGAUGGAUAUGUAAUUGUUACCGGAAAGUAUUGUGGGAUUUGUUCCACGGAUUUAGCUAGAAGAUUCUUGCCUUUUCCAUUGCCUCAGAUUAUAGGUCAUGAAGCUGUCGCUAUACAUAAAUCUAAACCUGUUGUAAUUGAAAUCAAUGCGUCUCACUAUGCUCGUGGAAUUCAUAAAAAAUUAAAUCCACCCUGUUCUUUUUGUCAACAUGGUUUUGCACCUUAUAUACUUGCACCAAAAAAUGCUCUCAUACCAAUUCCUGAGAAUUUAAGUUUAAAGGUUGCAAGUUUGGCUGAACCUUUUGCCGCAGCUUUGCAUGCGGUAGAAACAACUCCACCAAUUAAUGGUCAAGAGGUUGCUGUCUUAGGUCCACGCAAAUUAGGAAUGCUUAUAAUUGCUGCUUUAAAUGGAUUUUUACAAUCAAUUAAAAUUACCAAAAAAAUUCUUCAUUUAAAAUCAACUCAUGGACAAAAUGUUUGUGGAUUAAAUCGAAUGACGGAUUUCGUGGUUGAAGAAUUAAAUGUCAACAAUUCCAUAAAUGAUAUUUUGGAAUGGAUUGAUCAAUUAAAUAAAGGUCAAGUGUUAGAUCAAAAUUUGAAAAAUUCUCCAGUUCCAAGAUUUGAUUUGGUUGUAAUUGGAAAUCUUAAAGAAAUUGAUUCUGUUAUACGACCUAAAGAAGGAAUGGAUCUAUCAAUAUUACGUUCACGUGGUGCAAUCUUGUACGCGCCAUCUGAACCACCACCAUCAUAUAAUGAUAAUAAUGAAAUUCAAUUAUUAUCUAAAGCGCUCAUUGAUGACGAUAUUCAAAUUUGGUCAACCCGAUGUGGAAAUUUAAAAAAUUCUUUGAAAGGAUUAUCAAAAAAUUUGGAGAUUACAAAUAUUUUAGAAAAAAAUAUGAUUACCAAAGAAAUUACCUUGGAAAAUUUGGAUGAAGGAUUUGAUCUGGCGAUGAGUGGUGAUCACAUUAAAAUACUUGUUGAUGUGGAAGCUAAGAAUACAAUUUGA